CGCUGCUCCAGCUCCAGCUCUCCCUGAACAGCUCCUAGAGAGAAUUAAGGCGUGCGGAGUGCUGAUGACCAGCACCAUGCUUCUUAAGCUUGGAUCUUAGAUUUCCCCCCUCCCUGACUAAACACUGACUAAUAAUUGCUCCUGGGCAUCAGCUUCCUAGGCAAACGGAGUGAAGGGGGGGAAAGAGGAAGAGUGAAUCUUCAGCCAAGUGGACUAAGAUCAGCAAAAGUGUCAGAGAGAGAAAAAGAGAGACAGACUGGGAGCUUUGCUUGCACAGCGGCAAAGUGGGAAUUUAAAGAACUGCAGUGAAAAAGAGCCCGGAGAUUCCCCAACCACAACACAAGGCAUAACCUCGCAGAAUUACAGAGCCAGGUAGAAAUGACAUCAACUGGCAAAGAAGGCAGCGGAGCUCAGCACGCACAAUAUGUUGGACCCUACCGCUUGGAGAAAACCCUGGGCAAAGGACAGACAGGGCUUGUGAAGUUGGGGGUUCACUGUGUAACAUGUCAAAAGGUCGCUAUAAAAAUUGUCAACAGAGAGAAGCUCAGUGAGUCGGUGCUAAUGAAGGUGGAGCGGGAAAUAGCCAUCUUGAAGUUGAUAGAACACCCCCACGUUUUAAAGCUGCAUGAUGUUUAUGAAAAUAAAAAAUAUUUAUAUUUGGUGCUAGAACAUGUGUCUGGUGGAGAGCUCUUUGACUAUCUUGUAAAGAAAGGAAGAUUAACGCCAAAAGAAGCCAGGAAAUUUUUCCGACAGAUCAUCUCCGCUUUAGAUUUCUGCCAUAGUCAUUCAAUCUGCCACAGGGAUUUAAAACCAGAAAACCUUCUGCUGGAUGAAAAGAAUAACAUCCGGAUAGCAGACUUCGGGAUGGCAUCACUGCAAGUCGGGGACAGUUUACUCGAAACAAGCUGUGGGUCACCACAUUAUGCCUGCCCAGAAGUAAUCCGGGGAGAAAAAUAUGAUGGGAGAAAAGCAGACGUCUGGAGCUGUGGAGUCAUUUUAUUUGCAUUGUUAGUGGGCGCCCUACCAUUCGAUGAUGAUAACUUGCGGCAGCUGCUGGAGAAAGUGAAACGUGGUGUGUUUCAUAUGCCACAUUUCAUCCCCCCAGACUGUCAAAAUCUCUUGCGGGGGAUGAUUGAAGUGGAUGCCUCGAAACGGCUGACGCUAGAACACAUUCAGAAGCACAUAUGGUAUAUAGGGGGUAAAAAUGAGCCAGAACCAGAACAACCGGUUCCUCGAAAGGUGCAGAUUCGUUCUCUCCCUUCUUUGGAGGACAUUGAUCCUGAUGUUUUAGACAGCAUGCACUCAUUAGGUUGUUUCCGUGACAGAAACAAACUCUUACAGGACCUGCUGUCAGAAGAAGAAAACCAAGAAAAAAUGAUUUAUUUUCUUCUCCUCGAUCGGAAAGAGAGAUAUCCCAGUCAUGAGGAUGAGGACCUUCCUCCUAGAAAUGAAAUAGACCCUCCCAGAAAGCGUGUGGACUCUCCAAUGCUGAACAGACAUGGGAAGCGGAGGCCAGAGAGGAAGUCCAUGGAGGUUCUGAGUGUGACAGACGGAGGAUCCCCAGUUCCAGCUCGCAGAGCGAUUGAAAUGGCACAGCACGGACAGAGUAAAACAAUGUUCAGUAAAAGCCUGGAUAUCUGUGAAGCCAAUCCCAAAUUCAACAAAGAAGAAAGGAUGACGAGUGCUGACACAUUGGGGUCUCGUUCAAUCAGUGGAGCUUCAUCUGGCCUGUCCACCAGCCCCCUCAGCAGUCCAAGGGUCACCCCUCACCCCUCUCCAAGGGGCAGUCCCCUCCCUACCCCCAAGGGGACACCUGUCCAUACGCCAAAGGAGAGCCCAGCAGGCACACCCAACCCUACGCCACCAUCCAGCCCCAGCAUUGGAGGAAUGCCCUGGAGAACACGGCUCAACUCCAUCAAGAACAGCUUCCUGGGAUCUCCUCGCUUCCAUCGCAGGAAAUUGCAAGUACCUACGCCAGAAGAGAUGUCCAAUUUAACUCCAGAAUCUUCCCCAGAGCUUGCCAAAAAAUCCUGGUUUGGUAACUUUAUCAACCUAGAGAAAGAAGAACAGAUCUUCGUGGUUAUUAAGGACAAACCCCUGAGUUCUAUCAAGGCUGACAUUGUUCAUGCAUUCCUCUCGAUUCCCAGUCUCAGUCAUAGUGUCAUAUCACAGACAAGCUUCCGUGCGGAGUACAAGUCGACAGGUGGCCCCGCUGUCUUUCAGAAGCCGGUGAAGUUCCAAGUGGACAUAACGUACACGGAAGGUGGGGAGGCCCAGAAAGAGAAUGGGAUCUACUCAGUCACGUUCACGCUUUUAUCAGGUCCAAGUCGUCGCUUUAAGAGGGUAGUAGAAACCAUUCAGGCACAAUUGUUAAGCACACAUGACCAGCCUUCAGUGCAGCAGUUAUCAGACACAACUAACUGUAUGGAGUUGAUGACUGGGAGACUUUCCAAAUGUGACGAGAAGAACGGGCAGGUGAGCCAUCCCCCCGGCACGCCAACCAAGCAUAGCGCAAACAGCAAGCGGAGCGAUUCCGAUGCUAAUGACUAUGGGUCUAGAGGAGACACUAAGUACCCUGCUGGCAAAGAGAAGGCAAAGAUGGUCUCAUCACUCGGCCUACAAGACCAACCUUAA